AUAGAAUUUUGAUAACUUCACGACAUCGUUGAAUGUCAGAGUAAUUCUAAACGUAGCGAUUUAUUAAAUUAAAAAAGAAAUUAACUUUUCAUCGGAUAAUAACCGAUUUUAUAAACAACACAAUAAAUUGUUAAUCGUGAGAGAAUGGUAUUUAGAUGCUCGUUUGACUGAACUAUAGCCUCAUCGUCUCAUCGACUCUUGUCUCUCAGUCUCCAUUGAUAUGGCCGUAUUUUUGUUGAACGACUGCAAAUUUAACGGUUGUGGGCUUACAUUCAAGAGUCUGGGACACUUGAUACAGCACAUCGAAGAAACUCAUAUCGAUUACGAUCCUCACGUGGUGGAACAAAUGGAGAUCCAGAAGCCGACCUGUAUACCGUUGAGUUACGCGCUUAGAUUUCUAACCGAUGCCGCCAGAAAAGAGUGUGCCAAAUCGGCCAACACCAAACGAAGAUUGAGUCAAGUUAAUAUACUUGCAAGUGCAACAAGAAAUCGUAACAAUGCUGCGACACCAACAGGAAGCGACGCCGAAGAGGGCGAUGAGUUUGCCAGUGAGCCGGACGACAGCAACGACUCGUCUACCACAUCCGAAGAAUUCUCGGCUGAUUUUAUAUUGCGCUAUGGAAGCAGGGUUAUUAAUCAGAGCGUUUCAAAUCCACCGAGUAACAUCGUAAACAGUAACGGCAGUACCAACACCAACAACAAUUCGAGCGACAAACCGUUCGCUUGCCCUGUUCCUGGCUGCAAAAAACGUUACAAGAACGUCAACGGAAUAAAGUAUCACUCUAAAAACGGUCAUAAGAAAGAUGGCAAGAUACGAAAGGCGUUCAGAUGUCCUUGCGGAAAGAGUUACAAGACCCCGUCCGGCUUGAAGAACCACACGGUGAUCCAGCACGCGGGUUCGGUGCUCCAAAACGGCAAAAUAGCGUCGAUAAAAUACGACCAUCAAACGAGUAAUCACCAUCACCAUCAGCAGCAGCAGCAGCGUGAUAGUUUAUCAAAGGCGUGUGGGGGAGGUAUACCGCUUGAAAUAGGAAAGAAUUCGUUCGCAAAAGCGAAGGUAGCAGCGAUCGAAGAUCACGGUUACAUGAAAUCGGAAAAGUCGAUGUACACGGAGACUGAGACGUCCUCGAUGAACAACGAUUGCGAGGAGGAAGAUUUGGGGAUAUUGACGCCAGCCUCGACGCCGCCUUUGCUGGCGCAGAGUCCUGCAAAAAGUGAAAUAUCCCAGCAGCAAAGUCAGCAGCGAAACGAUAGAACGCUACAAAAGUAUCUCGCGAGCGUCGUCGCGUCAACAAAUACUGCUCAGCAGCGUCGCAACAUUCUCGAUAACGGCAACGCGUACUAGUCAUUUAACGCAAUACGAAAAACGAGAGGCAGAAUAACAGAGUAAAUCAUCUAUCGAAGCUCGACGUCAACGAGAGACAAAAAAUCAUUGUAUCGACUGGAAAAAAAGAGCGAAAGAAAAUAUUCGGACACGAGCGCAGGCUCGGAAUGCCGUGUCCGAACGUCAUUUUACAAAGCUACAAUACUAUCAGCGAUGUCGCCUUGUUUUUUCCCCUUCCCGUGUAGAUGAUUCAAAGUAAGAAAACGACAAAAAAAAGCAAAGAAAAAACGCGAGCGUGUAGGCUGUUUUUCGCUAGUCCAAACGGCGAGAAUAGAUAGGAACUGAGAGAAAAUUCCCGUGAUAAUUUCGCCACACGAGAUUAUUCGCUUCAUUCGAUUGAUCCUAGCUGAUAGUACCUAGAUAUUUGUACACGUUUGUAUGUCCUUAAUACGCAUACAUACGUAUAUCAAUAUCGCAUAGAAUAUCGGAUAUAAUCGGUUAACGCAAGCGGUUAUUUACUAAGUGCACUUAAGGUUUGCAAAAAAAUCUUUUUCCUCUUUUUCAUUUCUCUUGUUAUUCUUCCACUCUCUACUUUCUUUUUUUCUGGUCACUAGAACUGCGCGAUCCGAAAAAUUAAACGUUCUGCCAAUAUUAACACGAUCGGGGGGAAAAACGAUCGAGAAACUUAAAGUUGAUCCUUUCCGCGCAUGACGAUCGACUUGGUGGGCGCGUGCCGCCGCAUAGUUCAUAAUUUGUUAUUAUAUUCGUAAUCCACGCAAAACUAUUACAAUAAUUAACUGAUUAUUGUAGUGUGAGACAGGAAAAUAUGCGAAUUUUGUUACGAAAGAAUAAAAAAUUGAAACAAAAA